AUGUCAAUACACCCAAUCCAGAACAACGGCACUGGGAUCCCGUCAAGUACAAUUGCACUCAACGGCAAUAAAAGAAAAAUCAAAGAAGAAGUCAGAUAUAAAUUUCGACUUCAGAGUGCACCUCCUUUAUCACUGACCCACUUUGCGAGAACCUCUACAGGUCUGCUAAAUAUCGUUGAAGACAAAUGGAAACAUUCGGGUAAAUAUCGUCCUCCAAAAGAUCCCGAAUACAUGUCACCUAAAACAAGGAAACCACCACCACCAAUUGAAGUGAAAACUUGGAUGCCAGCUGGACAAUUUAAACACAUACGACCAACAUCAAUCAGUCCGGAAACACGUUCACCACUACCAAAUCAACGACUACUAAAUCAACCACUACCAAAAUGGAUGCCGGCUGGUAAAAUAAUUCAUAAGCCGAUUCCUUAUUUCGAUCCACCAGCAUUAAGAUGGUCUCUUCAGCUAUUAAUGAGAUCAACGCCAGAUAUGAGUCUAACUCGUAGAGAAACGAAAUCUCAUUUAAAAACAUCCGAAGAUGUUAACACGAACUAUACAUCUGAGGUUGUAUGA